AAACACUCAAACACAAAAUUGAAAAUUUAUCAAAAAGCGGGAAGCACGUGAACAAACUUAGAUGAAAGACACGUAUUAACACUGAGCCGAAACGUUCUCUUUUUCCUCUGACUCUCUCCCCACAUGGUGGCACACACACUAUAUUCAAAGCUUGUCACUUUCACAGAAAUUGUCAGUUCAACAACAUUUACUGCCUAGCAAAUUAGCAUAUUUUUUUUGAGUGUGAUCGCUAGUUUCUGGUUUCUUCAAAUUUCAAACCCUAAUUUAGAUUCUUGAAAAAAAAUAAUCACUCAAUGUGGCCAGCUUUGGUAGUUGCAGCAGCAGCAGGAUCUGGUUUUCUAGCCAAGAAAAUAUUUAAGCAAAAUGCUGCUGAACCCACUUCUGUUUACACUGAAACUAACAUAAAAUGUGGUAAAGAUUCAAGCUUUAUCACUAAUCAUGAAAUUAACAGUAAACGUGAUAAACCCAAUGACACAGAAGAAGGGUUUAAGGCCUCUUUUCAGCAUAAAGAAUCAAGCUUUGCAUGUAAUCUUGACUGCAGCAUUCAAGAACAGAUUGAGGGGUUUUCUCAUGAUUCAAUUUUUAGGUUUUCUAGUGCUUCUGGUUCUGAAAUGGGGUGUAGGAAUUCGAGGAAGCAAAGUGUGGAAGGUUCUAGAAAGAGCAAAGGGAAUGCAAUGGAGUGUAAGAGAAAUAAUGGUGGGAAGUUAGGAAAAAAAUGUGGAAAUGUAAGGGGUGGUGAAAAGGAAUUGUUUAUGUUGGAUAAGAGGAAGAGUGGGAAUGGGAAUGGGAAUGGGAAUGGGAAUGGGAAUGGGAAGAGAUUUUAUGUUUGUUUGAAGAAGAGGAGAACUAAUAAGGUUCCUUCAGGGAAAUGCGAUUCCUGUGCUUCUAAAGGUAAUUCCUUUUUCGGUUAUGGACUAGGAAUUGGAAUGAUGUGCAUGAUGUCAGCUGGGAAAUCUGAGAUCAAUAGGCUCAAUUUUACCAUGAAUGAAACUGCAAAAGCUGUAGAAGAAUUAAAAGCUGAACUUUCUAGGAGAAAAGUUGCACAUGACCUACAUGCUUCAAAAAAUAAAGCUGAAACAAAUAAAAAGAGUGAUGGAGAAUGCAUGAUACGUACCUUUCCUGAGACUAGCACCGAAAACAGGAAUAGUUUUAGAGCAGUAGAUCACCAGGUGGCCGAGGAAGGUGAAUGUGCAAGCAGUGUCGUUACAGAAGAGCCGCAACUUGAGGUAAUGGAAAUGGAUCAGUUGGAAGCGGAGCUCGAGUCCGAGUUACAAAAGCUUCCAUGGUGUGCUACUGAAGGUACAGAUUUGGAUGGAGGAAGAGAUCCUUGUAAGGAUGUCUUCCAGGAGAAAGACUUUAACUUAGCCGAUGACCGCAACGCGGAAACUUAUCAAUUCAGUGGUGUAUUGCCAUCUGAACUGGAUCAAAAGCUGUGUCAUCUGCUCAUUGAACAACAAGAAAGCCAGAUAGUUGAACUGGAAUCUGAGCUGCGCCAAACUCAUUCCAAACUCCAUGAGAAAGAAGCUGAGCUCCAAACGCUCAAGGAUUGUGUCCGACGUCUCACUGAAUUUUCUCUAGGCAGUGCUUCAGAUGAAGAGACUGAUGGCAAAAUGGAUGAUGAUAUCAUUAAUGGUGGGGAUCAAGAGAAGCACGUAGGACCUGAAUCAAGAAAAUCAAUAGUUGGGAUGAAAAGAUCAAUGAACUUUUGAGUAUAUUACAAAGUAACGUAUUAUGGUUAUUAUGGUUCACAAAUAUAAACUGUUGGAUUGUACCAAGUGAAAAAGAUAUAUUGAUAGUUCAAUCAUCUGUUAACUUUAGUUUCUAAAAUCUGUGGGCCAUUUUUGUAACAUCACAGAGGGGGAAGGGAACAGAAAAAGGGAAAGACAAAAACUUUGAAAAGAUGUAAAUUUCUACGAGUAUUACUGUAGUGGAACUGUGUAAGCACUGUUUUUGAGGUCUUUUCAUCCUAAUAUUGAAAUAUAAAAAAAGGACAG